AUGAGGAUCCCCACAGCUCAGGAUUCUUCCCCAGGAUAUCCAGCAUUAAAGCCAAAGGGAAGAUACAGAGGAGUGAAGAACAGGUAGGGGAAUCUGUUCCUGAUCUUCCUGAGCGCACAUCUGUCUGAGAGACCCAACAUCCAACCUUCCUCUUGGACCUAAUGCAUUUGCUAGACAGCAGCUAGGACCAGUCAACGUUUCCCUUUUUUUAAAGAGAAAUUCCCUUAUUCUGAAUAGGAUUCCUCGCAAGAAAAGGGAAAAGUUGACAGCUAUGGUCCUAGCAGAGUGAGACUUUUGGGCAGGUUGUCCACAGCUCAUUCAGUUGAACGAGUAGGAGGGUCCCUAAACACAGUAGGAAUGGCAUGCCACAUUUUGAAGUAAAUACACUCAGUGAAGUAAUACCCAACUCUCAAACUCCCUUUUAGGGAUUCCUCUGAGUCCCAGAAGAUUCGCUUAUUUCAGAGUCCAACGGGUAGGACCCUAAGUCCCGACAGGUGGGGAGAGGGACCCUCCUUUUUACAGGAUUCCUGUUGUCUAUGUUUUUAAAUGGUCUACUUUGCCAAGACUCAUCACGUGGCUUCCUACCCAGAAUCCCUUUGCUCUCUGUGGGUCUACUCCAUUCUUCCUAUUCCUCCUUUACCUUUGGUUCCUUACUUGCCACAGAUGUACCGAGCUGCCCCCAACAUUGCAUGGCAGUUCAGAGACCACGGGCGGCGGCAGCGUCUACCCAGAUGAACCCCAUAGGUGCCCCCCCGAAAGAAUUAAUUGUGGACCUGAAUUUUUAAAAUGAAUACAAACAAUACAUUCAGAACAAAAUGCCAAGUUAAUUGCAAAUCAGGUGAUAACGGAUGAAUGCAAGAUACAAAAAGGAACCAGACAAGGAUGCCCGCUAUCUCCGCUGCUGUUUAUUCUGGUCCUGGAAGUACUUGCAGGAUCAGUGGGACUGUCUGAAAAAGAAAGAGCAUUUUUGGCAGUACAUUCAUUUUUAUCACUGCUGUUUUCCCUAGUAGGGAAAGGUUCAUUCUGCUCCAUAUUUCUAAGUUCCUUUUUAUCUCAGACCACACUGGAUUUACGUGACCUUGGAGCCAAAGAAGUAAGUGACUAUACAACCUUUAAUAGACAUCUAAAAGCAGCUCUGUAUACGGAUAUAAUAAUGAUAAUGAUAAUAAUAAUAAUAAAUAAUGGUUUUUAAUGUUUUUAUAUAUAUCUUGCAAACUGCCCGGAGUGGCUGGGGAAUCCCAGUCAGAUUGGCAGGGUAUAUGCCCGUAUAAUCCUGCCCGGAUCUUGCAACCCAGCUGAUAGGCUUUUUCAGUGCCCGUCAAUAAAUACAACUGGACUAGUAAGCAGACACAACAGGGACUUCUCAGUGGUGGCUCCACAAUUCCUGUACAGAUAAUGGCUGACCCUGCGUCUCACAUAUGUAAACAGCUUUGUCAAUUUUUUAAUUUUUCUUUAAUUUCAGGCUCAAUUUUUUAAUGAUAAAAGCAUAAAUGAAUGAACUAAGCAGUAGACAUUCUGUUAAACUUUGCUUUUCUGUAGAUUUUUGUAUAAAACAUUUAAGAGGGAAAUGAUUGUUUUUAAACCACAUCCAUUAAAGAGUUGCAAGUAUGUGUCUGAACAUGCAUGUCCAGCACUCACGUGUAUUCAUACACACACUGGAUAUUUUGCUAGAGUUAUGAAGUGCAUCGGUUUAUGAAUAUGUGUUUGCCCACAAGAAGUAAAAGUAAAGAAGCAAAGGCUCUGUGGUCCAAAGCCUCUUGGAACUCAGCUAUACAGCUGCAAAUACAAUGUUUUAUGUGCAUUAUACAAAUGUGACACUAGAUGGCGAUGGUGAGCUAAUGGCAAAUUCCAUAUUUUUAGAAAACUUUUUUUUAAAAAGAAUUUUCACGGCGCCUUUUAUAUAUGUGUAGAUUCAGCCUUGGGUUUGCUGAUCGCAAGGUUGGCGGUUUGAAUCUGCAUUUGUGCCAGCUCCUGCCAACCUAGCAGUUUGAAAGCAUACCAGUGCAAGCAGAUAAAUAGGUAUUGCUAUGGCGGGAAGGUAAAUGGCAUUUCCGUGUGCUCUGGCACUCGUCACAGUGUCCUGUUGUGCCAGAAGCAGUUUAGUCCUGGCUGCCACAUGACCAGGAAAGCUGUCUGCAGACAAUUGCCGGCUCCCUCUGGUCUGAAAAGCGAGAUAAGUGCCGCAUCCCAUAGUCUAAUUUGGCUGGACUUACUCAUCCAGGGGUCCUUUACCUUUCCCUUUCUCCACAAGAAGUUAUUACACAAAAGCAAUAAAGAAAGCUUGGUCUUUUAUACGAAACGAAAAUGACAGAAUACAGUGGUACCUCGGUUUAAGAACAGUCCUGUUUAUGAACGAUUCGGGUUACGAACUCCGCAAAACCGGAAAUGGUGUCCCCGUUUGCGAACUUUUACCUCGGUCUAAGAACGGAAUCUGAACGACGGAAAGGCACCGGUGGCCAGAGGCCUCAUUAGGGAAAGUGCACCUCAGUUUAAGAACGGUUCCGGUUUAAGAACGGAUUAAGUUCAUAAACCGAGGUACUACUGUACAGCAGUGCUGCUCUACACAUCAAAUUUACGGUUUAAGCUAGCAGAAAAUGCAGCAGUGGCCUUUGGCCUUUCAAAUUUCAGCAGUACCCUGCAGGGUGGAUCAGAGGGGCGUAGCCUUGGGCACAUGAUUCUGAGGGGGCGCGAACCAGAUGCCCCACACAGGGAUUCCCUUCCUGCCCUUUGGGGGUAUCUAUGGGCCCCAGAGCCUGGCCUGGCUUUCCGCUUGACACAUAGCCCCCUCACUGAAUGGCAGCCCAGCCAGUGAGGGGAGGGGUGUGCCUGCCAAGGGUUGGGUUGGCCAGCUGGGGUGCUCCCCAGCGCAGGUGGGUGGGCAGGUGCCGCAACACAGCUCCGUGAACCCUCUGUGCUCUGCAUGUGGCCAGCAGUGAGAGCUGUGAUGUCGCAGUAAGUUUUGUUCAUCCUCAGUGUCCUACCGCUCUCCCACAUGGUGUGUGAGUAUGCCUGGGCAACCCGGGUGCCAGCAAAGGACACAAUGCCACUGGCGCCGCGUGCAACACUAAAAUUCGGCACCACCACGACUCUGUUGGAAAUCAAGCCUUCUUCAGGAGAAGGUGGCAACUCUCCCAGACUCCCGGCUUGGUCUCCGGUGACCUCCCUGUCUGCAAUUCCCGCAGGAUCCAGGCUAGGUCUCAAUAGGCGACACCUCCCAGCGUGGGAGAGGCACACCCCCUCCUUCCUGCUCCCUGGCAGGGAAAGGAGAUAGACAGAAACGUCUAUUUUACAUGCUUUUAUUUUGACUUUUCAGCACUACAGAAAACAUGUCCGUUUACUUCAAACUCCUUCCAGCAAGUGACAAAUACUUCCUGUACAAACGCAAGAGGAAGGUCUCAAAUUACACUCUGAGCAAAUUCCGGUGCAUCGCCCUGUGAACUGACUGUCCCACUGUUUCCCACAGUCAGUCCCAUCAUUCCCAUCAUGUGUUGUUUUCAAGCUACCAGUUUGCAGCUGCGUUGCUUCUAUAUCGUAACAGACUCCACUUCCGCUCUAAGUCAUUGUUGCAGUGCCCUCUCAGCUGGACGAAGCAGUCGUGCUCCCCUAAGUCCGCCUCCAGCCCAUCCGACAACACACAUAGAGCCAACUCCUAUCGGCUGAGGUCCCUUUGGCCAUGGGCGUAGCGGGGAGGGGGGCAGUUUGCAGCUGUACCCCCUAAAUCAGGCAUCCCCAAACUCGGCCCUCUAGCUGUUUUGGGACUACAAUUCCCAUCAUCCCUGACCACUGGUCCUGUUAGCUAGGGAUGAUGGGAGUUGUAGUUCCAAAACAGCUGGAGGGCCGAGUUUGGGGGUGCCUGCCCUAAUUCAAAUAAAUAAAAAAAAUAAAAAUACCUAACUGGGUGUAGUCAACUGCGAGGGGGGGCAGGAUCCACAAAUAUCAGUGGAAAGCAUUGAAAGCACGCAAUUAUCUGAGGUUCUGCCCCCCCCCCCCACUCCCAGUAGAAGCCAGCCCUUACGCAAUGUCUUAUCUACGGGGUAUUUUUUAUCCAUGAUUUCUGAAGAAAAACAUUUGAUUACUUUUUAAAAAAACAAACCUUUGGCUCCCCCCCCUCCAAAUCCUGGCUUAUGCCCAUGCUAACUGACCAAUUGCGUUGCAGAUAAGUUUGUUCUGCCGCCCCACAACAUAAAACCUGCCCCCCCAAUAAAUCCUGGCUACUCCCAUGCCUUCAUUCUCAUACCCAUAAAAUAUUUGAGGAGGCUGCUCCCCGUCCGCCCCCCCGAGAGAGAGAGAGAGAGAGAGAGAGAGAGAGAGAGAGAAGAAAAAUUCAAGUGCAUGAUAGCUUCCUCUCCGGUGACGCGGAGGCACCGGCGGCCAGCAGGUGGCGCUGCGCGCAAUCCAGCUUGGGGCCAUCUCUACGCGGCCACUUCCCCUCCCUCUCUAUGGUCGCCACUUCCUGUUUGGCGUACGGAGGCGGCGGCGAAGGGAGCGGAAGGGCCGGUACCUGCUCCGAGGUGGGCGGCGGGGCUUCCUCAUCCCCUUUGCCCGAGGGGGAGGGGAGGGGCCCUCCCGGCCUAAUUGGGGUGGGGGUGUCUUUGCAUCUCUGCUCAGCAGAGAGAGAUUCCCAAAAUUUCUCUUCCUCAGUAAAUUGAAACAUAAAUUAUAAACUGAAUUUCCCCUCAAACGGCCCUGGAGGCUUGAGCUGAGAUUCCUGGGUUGGGGGGGAAGGGUGAGUUGGGGGUUGGACUAGAUGACCCUCAGGGGUCCCACCCAACUCUGAUUCUACUCUUCUGUCUUGAAGGGAGGCAGAAGAGGGAGAAGGCGGUGCUCGAGAGCCAAGGCAGCAACCGGAUGAUGCAGCCUUCUAAUGCGGCGACCUUAAAAAUAAAAUUAAAUUAAAAGGUGAAUUUGCAAAACUGACAGAUUUAAUAAGGCAUAAAUCAAAAAUUAUAAUUCAGAAACAAUGGGAAUGCUUAAAUGAAUAUUUAUACAAGCAGGGCUCAAAUAGGAAAGUUUGGUUGUGCCUAGACUAACCUUGAGAAGAAUAUAGAGAACGGAUUAUGAAAGAACCUAAGGAAGGGAAAUGAUUGAAGAACAGAUGUAAAGGCGAGCAAGAUAACGAAGAGGCGUGCGGUGAAUGCGGUGGAAGUCUUUUAUAAUAUUUUAACUAAGAUUUCUAUAUUGUAAUGUUUGAAGCAUGAAUUUGGUAAUAUUGGUUGUGAAAAGUAUUUUCUUUUUUAGUUUGCAUUUUGGAAAACAUGUAUUUAAAUGUGUUUACAGGGUUAUGUAUUGUUUUUUGUUUUGUUUUCUUGCAAAAUUCAAUAAAAAUUAAUAUUAAAAAAAAUAAAAAGGUGAAUUUGGGUUGCCAGGCUGGUGCUCUCCCAUUUACAGGGGUUUGCUGGCCCCUGGCCUUUCCUCAGAGACUCCCAGGGGCCGAAUGCCUACCCUGGCGGGAAGCCUGCAAAGAGGACCCGAGUGCUACAGCACUCUCCCCAAUUUCUUUAAAAAGUAGCUUUUAAUUAAAUAUUUUAUUGGCUUGCAAAAGUACGUGCAUUGUCUCUUUUCUGUUCAGGUUGUGCUUUCUACAGAUCAGUUGGCAUUUGUUGUUUGAUUCCCAGGGGAAGGUGCUCUCUUGGACCUUCUGAGCUGGCUAGUAGCCGUAUUUGUGACCAAAUCUGUAUUCAGUAGACAUCAUCGCCCUCAUUUCUGACACCUGCCUCCUUUGUGGCCAUUCAGGGAAAGCAGGGUCUAUUUAAGCAUCUUCUGUUGCUUAAGUUGCCCGUUUUCUGCCCAGACGUCUUAGCUGCUUGCUCUGCUUCAGUCUCCUCAGCCUCUUCUGCCUUGGACGGCUGGAUUUUUCUUCCUCUGGCCAGUUCAAGGAUGAGAUGUUGUCUGGAAGAUUCGCUCUGGGAUUUCCCCUAGGAAUGUUCCUUUAGUGGGUCUUGUUUGGCCGAGGAGUCUAUCAAGUUCUAGUGGGGCUGAGUUGCUUUCCUGCGGGCUUUGAUGUGACUGACUUGGGUGGCUGCUUUUGUAGUUGUGUGGCAGUUUCUCACCAUGGGCAAAGGAGCCUACUUUUGACUUGCAAUUUCUUCUCUUUCCCCAGGAUUUUGGAAUCAACAGAACAGCUGUAGGGAGAUUGCAAAUGCAUCUUUGGGAAGUCCAGAAGCAUCGUUUAUUUACAAUAUGUACAAAGAGAAUUUUAUGCCAUCCAGGAUACGACAUUUGGUGGGUGUGCAUGAGGACUUAUUUUUUAAUUUGAUGCACUAUAUGUGAUGAAAAGGACCCAGCUACAAGGCCUGAAAUCAUUCAGAGGUUGGAGGAGAGACUCUCCGGUAAGCAGAAAGAAAAGGCAGGAGUGUGGAUGAAAUUGGUGGGGGACAGAGAUCUAGGGCAUAAACGUUAAUAUAAUAAUAAUAAUAUUUUUUUAUUUAUACCCUGCCUCCGCCCUUCCCGGUUCAGAAAACCGGGCUCAGGGCGGCUAACAACAAAUUUAAAAUACUUAAUUGAUGCAACAAAAAACAGCAUAAAAUUCAGUAUAAAACGUGAAUAACAAUAAAUUCAGAAUUCAAAAUCAAUUUAAGGGGGAAAUCCAUCCAAUAAGCAUUAGAUGAUCACCAGGGCUAGCUGGCUAAAUUAGUCCUAUUUGGCCCAGCGAGGAGACUAGGGGAGAAUUAGCUGUGGGAUCCCAGAGCGGGUAAUCUUCAUAAAAAGGGGAGGGGGAGGGAAGGAAGGGGAAUAAAAGAUCAGGCUAAUUUCAAAUUGAAAGUCAGGUGGAAUAGCUCUGUCUUACAGGCCCUGCAGAAGGAAGUUAAAUCCUGCAGGGCCCUGGUCUCAUGGGACAGAGCAUUCCACCAGGUCGGAGCCAUCACUGAGAAGGCCCUGGCAGGUCAGCAAUACUGAAGCAAACUCGGCAUAAAGGAGAACACUUUAUGUGACAAAGACAAUUGCAAUGGGUUUAUUCAGAGCAGUUGAGGCUCCCCAAAUGUAUUCUAUAAUAUUUUAAUCCAUGAAACCCACAUUCGUAUAAAGGUUUUAAUUCUUCCUAUCCCUUUUCUGUCCUCUGCAGGCAUUGGAAUCGCCCAACUUGAGAUCUUUCUCUCUGCUUUAAAGUGUGUUGUGGCAUCAUUGUGA